UCCCUACACUGAAGUAAAUGUUUUUUGUGAUAAUCCAUAUGUUUUCACCUUCACAAAGUAGAUUAACAUCAAAAUGAAGACAGUUAAAUUAGAAAUUUCAGUUGACACAGUGUGCCAUGGGUGUUUAAGUACCGAUAGGCAAACAAGCACUUCGAGAGAUACAUCUGAAUUAUAUUUACGUUUAUUAGAAGACGGUUUAUCCUCUGAAAAUAAGGAUGUGGCUCUCUGUUGGGAAUGUACAGCAAUCUUCAGGAAGAUCCAGAGGUUUCAGAAGCAAAUUAAAAAUGCUCAAAUCUCUCUUCUCUUAUACCAAUUGAAUACAAGGACACCGUUAUCAAAAUUAGAUACCGUAAUCAAAAGUGUAUACGAUCUGGAGUGCGUACACGAAGAGAAAGCGGCACAAAUAACCGAAGAAGGUAACUCGAUAAAAAUAGAAGCGGAAACGGAAGUCGCACUGCCCGCAAAAGAAGAAUUAGAUGAAUAUGAUACUAUAACGUACGAGGAGGACUACGCUGAUGAUGCGUGUAUGAAAAGCAUAAUUGAAAACGAACAGAGAGCCAGCAAAAUGCCAAGUAACAGCAAUAUCAAACCCAUGUCGAUAAAGCAAUACGAGAAAUAUGCAGUUUUCUCGAAGCAGAACGAGAAAGUGAAUUCUGGUGACCUGAAAAAAUAUUACAAGAACGUUUUCUUGAGUGACGGUGAGAUAGAGGAUUAUUUGAACACUAGAUUAAGGAGGGAUAAGAGCUUCCAUCGUUUGAAUUACAAGUGCGAGGAUUGUGUACUCGGAUACAAGGAUAAGAGGGACUGGAAUCGGCAUAAUGCUCUUCAUCAUAACACCUCGACCGGUCCCUACAAGUGCAGCGAGUGCAAAACGAAAUGCCAAACCAUCGAUGUACUCGCCCAGCAUUGGAUAACUCACACGAAGGCGCUGCAGUGCGUCAUCUGCGGCGACCUGCACAGGUCCCUGGGCGAGAUACGGAAGCACGUGAACAGGGCGCACACAGGCGUGUUCACGUGCAAGGAGUGCGGGGACCACAGCAGAACGCUAAGGGAGUUCAGUCAGCAUUACAAAAGCAAACACGAGAAGCUGGUAUGCGAUCAUUGCGGGAAAGGUUUUUACAAGAAACGCGUCCUAGAAAGUCAUAUGAGGAGGAACCAUUUACCGGCCAAAUGCGAGGUCUGCGGCCGUCAGUACUCUCUGUACCACACCCUGGAGGUUCACCUGCGGACUGUCCAUCCCCACCUCAUGAACGGGGCCUACAAUAGGGACGCCUCGUACUGCGUGGAGUGUGAUAGACAAUAUCCAAGCGUCUACAAAUACAGGAAGCAUCUGAAGCAGUCGGUCAGGCAUACCCCGAAAAAGAAAGUAAGGAUACCGUGCCCUGAAUGCGGGAAAGUCUUCACGCGUACGAACUACAUGAAUAAUCACUACAGGCUGUUCCACUCGAAGGACACGAAGCAUUAUUGUCAGCUUUGUAACAAGCUCUUCGUCACCGGCUACGCGGCCAGGAAACACAAAGAAUUCGUUCAUGACAAACAAACUUUGCCCAAAAACAAGAUCUGCGAUAUAUGCGGCCGCGGCUUCAGUACGAACAGGAUUUUAACUAAUCACAGGAGGACACACACCGGAGAGAGACCGUACAAAUGCCCGCACUGUACCGCCGCGUUCGCCCAAAGCACCGCCAUGCACACGCACAUGAAAUCGCAACACAAACACGUAAUGCCCCUGCAGAUCCCCGUCCACCAGAUGGCGUGAUAUCGUCGUCGCCUAGCGCCAUCUGUUGUUCCGGAGCGGAGUUUCGACCGCCCAAAUCGAUGGAUGAAAGACUAAAGCUUCAAGCGACAUUCAUCUUUGUAAUUAAAUGUGCUGUUUAUUUGGUACUGGCUGAGACCCUAGAUGUUACCCGCGGUUAUUGUCGUACCGCGGGCGACACUGCGGAGUGAAGCUAGUCUAAAAAAGUAGCCCAAGUUACUCCUUAUAUCAUUAGUUACC